GAUAAAUACGGGUCAGACGACUGAUUCUGUAAGUCAACCAUCUCUAUGUUGCAAUCGUCGAGCCCUUGUCGUAAGUGAUCAUAAGUCUAGCACAUGUUGCUUCGUGCUCUUGGAGUAUUCACAGGACGGGGAAGGCGAGUGCCCCGAAAGGGAUUCACACAAUUGACAUCGAAGCUUGGUCCCAAAAAUUUCUACAAGGGAAAGGGUGUUCCAUCUACAGGACAUCACACUAGGAAAGGAACAUAUGUUAUUCUGAAGGACAGGCUCCCAGACUACGUUGUUCCAGAUCUAACUGGCUUCAAGCUGAAGCCAUAUGUGGCCUAUGAAAGUAAAGCGGUGGAGGCCAAAAAGUGACCGGCCCACAGCAGCGCCCUGCACUUAAAGACGUGAUGUUUAACAGCUUACGAAAAGCAGGGCGCUGGUGAGAUGGCAUGAAUGGCCAUUAGCAUCCAGAAUCUUCAUAGUACGCUGCAGCUGAUGAAGACACGCCUGAAGAGGACUGGCAGCGCCAGGCUUUUGCCCUGUGCGCUCUGGUGCUCAAUGUUGCCUGUUAGCGCACAGAGCUCUGUGUCUAGAUGCAGAUCUGCAGCAGUGAGAUCUUGCAUGCAUCACCCUGUCAAUGGCAGAUUCAAAAUAAUAUGGAUUACAUGCCAGCCAGUAGAUGUUACGAGGGACCACCAUUCUUUGUAAGCAUGCUGGAAAGCA